CUUACAAUCACUUGUUGAGCUUUGUCUUCGCUAGUCCUCAAUCAGUUGUUUUGCUUCGCAAGUGCCAAGAUGAGUAGUUCAAUGAGAUACUCUUCUAUGUCCUCUUAUGGUGGUCCCAUGUACAGCCACACCGUGCGGAGGUCUGGAACUCCACAGUUCAGUGCUAGCAGCGUUAGUGGCUUCGGCUCCCGCUUAUCGGUGAGCCGCGUCUCCUCCAGCUAUAGCCGGCCUGCCUUCGGCGGUGCCGCCGGCAUGGUCAGUUCUAACAUGGGGGGGAUUUCCAACAUAGGGGGCAUUUCCAACCAAAAGGAAACAAUGCAAGGCCUGAACGACCGACUGGCCAACUACCUGGAAAAAGUACGCAACUUAGAAAGUGCCAACGCCAAGUUGGAGCACCAGAUCAAGGAGCACAUGGACAGCAGAGGAAUGAGCACCUAUGACCUGAGUGCUUACGAGAAACCGCUGAACGAUCUUCGCCAACAGGUCUUUGAUAUGACGGUGGAAAAUGCUCGUUUGUUACUGCAGAUCGACAAUGCUCGGCUGGCCGCGGACGACUUCAGAGUGAAGUGGGAGUCAGAGCUUAGUAUCAGACAAUCUGUGGAGAGCGACAUUAACGGAUUGCGCAAAGUCAUCGACGACACCAACAUUGGGCGCCUGCAGCUGGAGAGUGAGAUCGAAGCUCUGAAGGAGGAGCUCGUUUAUAUCAGAAAGAACCACGAGGAGGAAGUCAAAGCCCUCCACUCCCAGGUCAGUGAAUCCAGUGUGCAGGUUGAAGUGGACUCUCCUCGAGGCCAGGAUCUGACCAAGAUGAUUGCGGAGAUCAGGGAUCAAUAUGAGAAAGUUGCUCAGAAGAACAAAGAUGAUGCAGAAAAUUGGUUCAAGACCCAGAUGGAGACCUAUACAGUUGAAGUUCAACAAAAUAAUACUGCUCUUGAUGGUGCAAAGGGCCAAGUGUCUGAUCUCAGGCGCCAGAUACAGUCUCUUGAUGUGGAGCUGCAGAGCCUUCUGAGCAUGAAAAACUCCCUGGAAGGCACGCUUGGAGAUACAGAACACAGGUAUGAGAUGGAACUGCAGCAAUUAAAUGGCCAGAUUGCCAUGAAGGAGUCUGAAUUGAUGCAACUGCAUGACGAAAUGCAGGCCCAUGCCAAUGAGUACAAAAAACUCCUGAACAUCACGAUGAAGUUGGAGGCUGAAAUAGCAACGUACAGACGUCUGCUCGAUGGAGAGGAGGUUGGUGGACUGGUUGAAUCAACAAAAGUGAUCUGAAUCGGUGAGAUUCUGCUGAAGACAUCAGUCAGCCCUGGACAAAAAUCUAUUGCCUGCUGAAAUUCUCUCCUGUGAUCAUCUCUGCUCAUUAGAUUUUUCUCUGCAUCAGCAGGUGCUUCAUCCCAAAUUAUCAAGAAGACCACUCAGAAAAUAGUUGAUGGCAAGGUGGUGACAGAGAAUGAGUCGGUCCUCGUCAAGUAAUGACAUGAAGUUACAUCCACUUUCCAUUGCCAUGACACAUCAGUUCAACCCCAUGUAAUCAAUUGCCUUUAUUGAUAACUUGACUAAAUAAAGAUACAGUUUGACUUGCAA